UGUUUUCUUCGGUUGGGAUUUUGUCGUGGUUAUUACCGCCAUCUAGAGGAUACUUUUUCUAGGUGCCUAUUUAAAUUAAAUUUGAUUGGUUGCGAGGUACCUCCACCAACCAAUCAAAUGGCUUAUACUCCAGAUUUUUGAACCUAUGCAUUUUAACCGUCCGGCGCGACAAAUACAUCACUUGUAGUCACUUAUUCAAAUUUACGGUAGUAGCUUGUGAAACGUGUUCCGGUAACAAUCAAAUUUGAUUUAAGUAAAAAAAAAAAAAGAAAUAAGAUAUGGAUUUAGAUUCCAUGAAGUAUGCCGAAUUACGCAGUAUUGCGAAGGAUGUUGGGAUCAAAGCCUCAAAACUGAAGGCUGAUAAGCUUCUUAAUGUCCUCAAGCAGCACUUUCAGCUUCAACAACUGCAGCGAGAUGUGCCAGCAGUGGACCAGGGAGAUGAGGCUGGCAUUGCUGCACAGGAUGAAAAUUCAACACAGGAUAAACUUUCACCAAAACCUCCAGUUCAGGAGUUUGUGACCAAACGCCGUGGUAAAGGGCGAACAAAGAAGAGAAAGGUGCUUGAAGAUGAGGAACCAGAAUGCGAGCUGGCCAACGCACCACUUACAUCAGUGGAGGUUAUAGAGGAGGUGGCUGAAACCACUGUUGGCCAACAAGGUGUCAAGAGAAGGAGAUCUUCUGCUACUAAUGAUUCUGGUGUGGGCGGGUUGGCUGCUACUGUCCCUGAAGACCAGUCACAGGAGCCCAGCGCAGAGAGACAACCUGGACACAAAGAUGUGCCGGCGGUGACGUUUGAGAAAGGAGAAGAGCAAAAGCUGGUGAAGCCAGUAGGAAAAAUCCCUCGUCACGAAGGGCUUCUGAAGAGGAAUAUGCUGAAACCUACUACGCCGAACUUCAAAAAACUCCAUGAGGCACAUUUUAAAAGGAUGGAGUCCAUCGACUCUUACAUGGAAAGGAAGACCAAACAAAUUGAUUUGUUCAGAAAUUCAGUGAAAGAGUUGAAGGUUCUUUCAGAUAAGACCCUUUUGAAACCAACUGAAGAAAAAGCUGUAGCAAGCUCAUCCUCAAGCCAUGCCUCCCUGUUCAGUCCAGCAUUCCAAAAGCUUGCCACCACGGACAAACGCAGACUUACCCAGCUCUCUGCCGGUAAACCAGCUACAGACAAACGCAGACAGACCCAAGCCUCUGCCAGUAAGUCCGCCCAGAAGGACACUGUUGUCCCAUUCAGACCCACCAUCCUGUCCACUCGCAGGAUCAAUGUUCGGUUCUCUCAGGCAACUAAGGAUAAUGAGCACAAGAGGUCCAUGGUAAAGACGCCAUUACGCCGGUCACAGCCAGUGGACCUCAUCACCCCAGGGAGAGAGACUAGAGUGGGAGGGAACCCCGAGGUCAACAAGACAUCUGUCCUCUCCAGCACAAAGACACCCGCCUUUGUGUUUAAUGCAAACUGUAGUGUGCUUUCCAACACUCCUGGAACCAACAAGAAGGCCAACUUUGACUUGAAGGCCAGCCUCUCGAAGCCUCUCUCCUAUAAGCCUCAUAAGGGGAAACUGAAGCCAUUCGGUGUGACCAAAGAAAACGCAUCUGACCAGUCUGUGGCAGGCCAGUCUCAGGCAGUCACUUCCCAUCAGAACUACAAGCAGCACCAGGUUCAGACCAGGGAGGAAAGAAGGACAAAACAAACUCAAGACCGUAAGCAGAAGAAAGAGAAGAUACUUGGAGCAAGACGAGGUCUUGUCAUGAACUGAUGAUUCUUGACUUUGAUACUGUUAAUUUUAAACCCUGUCAUUUCAGACCUGCUUAUUCCUGUCUCCUUUUGACAAAAUAGUUGUGCUUUACCUGUCCCUUUUCUCUUCAUUGUUCUUUUCAGUACAUUCAGUUUGAACAUGUUUUGAUUUUUAGAUAUCACUUUUAAUAACAUAUAGUAGACACAUUUACAUGUUGUUCCUUACCUAUGUGAGUCAUGGUUUUGUACAGUGAUCAUUUUAAUUCAUUAGGGGUUGUUUGUGUAUAAAAUUUAUUUUCCUUACCAAGAAAAGCCAAUGUAAAUACAGGUAGUAAAGGCCUUUUCUAAAACAC